AUGGCCAAGGCGGGCCGUGCAGGUGAGGGCGGGCGCCGGGAGGGCCGGGCCGCCAGCGGGGGGAGGGACUCGCGCGGCUCGAGGCCCAGAGCUGGGCACUGGGAUGAGGAGGUGGACCAGACGCUGCCCCUGUUCGCACUCUCUGGGCCCGAGGGUGACUUGGGAGGGCGCUGCAACGAGGGUGGCAGCAAGCCUGGUCGCAGCAGGGCCGGCUUUCGAGGUGGCCCUCCCCCGGGCGGUGGUGCCCCCUGGCACCUUCGAAAUGUCCUCAGUGACUCAGUGGAGAGCUCUGAUGAUGAAUUCUUUGAUGCUAGAGAGGAGGUGGCCGAAGGGAAGAACGCCAUCCUUAUCGGGAUGAGCCAGUGGAAUUCAAACGACCUGGUGGAGCAGAUGGAGACCAUGGGGAAACUGGAGGAGCAUCAAGGAGAAGGGAGCACGCCGUGCACUUCCAGCCUCCUCCAGGAGAAACAGCGAACCACAGUGGGUGACACAGUAACCAAGGCUGUGCCAGGGCUCAGGACCCUUAGGUCCCAUCGCUCGGAGGCUGUGUCUGCAGAGUGGGGCUGCCCAGGUGCUUGUGGUCCUUCCAAUGAUGCAGGCUUCUCCAAGUUUCCUUCUGCCUGUGUUUUCUCAAGAGGCCGAGCACAAGGAGAAUUGUACCGGGUUUCCUUGAGAAGACAGAGGUUCCCAGCCCAAGGAAGCAUUGAGAUCCAUGAAGACAAUGAGGAAGGCUGCCCGCAGCGCUCCUGCAAGACGCACGUCCUCCUGCUGGUGCUGCACGGGGGAAAUGUCCUGGACACGGGCUUGGGGGACCCAUCCUGCAAGGUGGCUGACAUCCAUACCUUCAGCUCCGUGCUGGAGAAGGUCACGCGCGCCCACUUCCCCGCAGCCCUGGGCCACAUCCUCGUCAAGUUCGUCCCCUGUCCCGCCAUCUGCUCGGAGGCUUUCUCGCUUGUCUCCAACCUGAACCCAUUCAGCCACGACGUGGGCUGUCUCAGCAACAGCCAGGACCACGUCCCUCUGGCCGCCCUGCCCCUGUUGGCCAUCUCCUCCCCACAGUACCAGGAUGCGGUUGCCACUGUCAUCGAGCGAGCCAACCAGGUGUAUGCGGAGUUCCUCAAAUCCCCCGAUGGGAUUGGCUUCAGUGGGCAGGUGAGUCUCAUCGGGGACUGCGUAGGGGGCCUCCUGGCCUUCGAUGCCAUCUGCUACAGCGCGGGGCCCACGGGUGACAGCCCGGACAGCGGCAGCCGGAAGGGGAGCUUCAGCAGCACCCAGGACGCCCCGGUGGUGGUGGAGGAGGAGUGCAGCCUUGCGGGCAGCAAGCGGCUCAGCAAGAGCAGCAUCGACGUCUCCAGCACCUUGGAGGAUGAAGAGCCCAAGCGGCCGUUGCCUCGGAAGCAGAGCGACUCAUCCACCUAUGACUGCGAGGCCGUCACCCAGCAUCACGCCUUCCUAUCAAGCAUCCACUCCAGCGUGCUGAAGGAUGAAGCCGAGUCCCCGGCGGCUGGGGGCCCCCAGGUCCCCGAGGUCAGCCUGGGCCGCUUGGAUUUUGAGGUGUCUGACUUCUUCCUCUUCGGCUCGCCCCUGGGCCUGGUCCUGGCCAUGCGGAGGACGGUGCUGCCCGGACUGGAUGGUUUCCAGGUACGUCCUGCCUGCAGUCAGGUCUACAGCUUCUUCCACUGCGCAGACCCCUCCGCCUCCCGGCUUGAACCACUGCUGGAGCCCAAGUUCCACCUGGUGCCACCUGUCAGCGUGCCCCGCUAUCAGAGAUUCCCACUGGGCGACGGACAGCCCCUCCUCCUUGCUGAUGCCCUGCAUACCCACAGUGCCCUCUUCCUGGAGGGCAGCUCCCGGGGCAGCCCGCCGCUUCUGGAUGCCCCAGCCUCACCCCCUCAGGCCCUGAGAUCCCAGCGCCGGGCCUGGAGGAUCAGCCAGGGCAGCUCCAGUGAGAGCUCGGAGUCCUCGGACAGCUUGGCCCCCGUGGGUGUCUCCCGCAUCACAGCCAAGUGGUGGGGCUCCAAGCGCAUCGACUACGCCCUGUACUGCCCUGACGUCCUCACAGCCUUCCCUACAGUGGCCCUGCCCCACCUCUUCCACGCCAGCUACUGGGAGUCCACGGACGUGGUGGCCUUCAUCCUGAGACAGGUGAUGCGCUAUGAGAGUGUGAGCGUCAAGGAGAGCGCUGGUCUGGACCCCGCGGCCCUGAGCCCCACCAACCCCCGCGAGAAGUGGCUUCGUAAGAGGACCCAGGUCAAGCUGCGGAAUGUCACUGCCAACCACCGGGCCAAUGACGUGAUUGCUGCCGAAGAUGGCCCCCAGGUCCUGGUGGGGAGGUUCAUGUAUGGGCCCCUCGACAUGGUGGCCCUGACCGGCGAGAAGGUGGACAUCCUGGUGAUGGCAGAGCCGUCCUCCGGCCGCUGGGUGCACCUGGACACAGAGAUCACCAACAGCAGUGGGCGCAUCACGUACAGCGUGCCACGGCCCCGGCGCCUGGGGGUUGGCGUCUACCCCGUGAAGAUGGUCGUCAGGGGCGACCAGACCUGCGCGAUGAGCUACCUCACAGUGCUGCCCCGGGGCAUGGAGUGUGUGGUCUUCAGCAUCGACGGCUCCUUUGCGGCCAGCGUGUCCAUCAUGGGAAGCGACCCCAAGGUCCGGCCGGGGGCAGUGGACGUUGUCCGGCACUGGCAGGACCUGGGAUACAUGAUCCUCUACAUCACCGGGCGGCCGGACAUGCAGAAGCAGCGGGUGGUGUCGUGGCUGUCUCAGCACAACUUCCCACAGGGCAUGAUCUUCUUCUCCGACGGGCUGGUGCACGACCCGCUGCGGCAGAAGGCCAUUUUCCUGCGCAACCUGAUGCAGGAGUGUUUCAUCAAAAUCAGCGCAGCCUACGGCUCCACGAAGGACAUCUCCGUCUACAGCGUGCUGGGCCUGCCGCCCUCCCAGAUCUUCAUUGUGGGCCGGCCCACCAAGAAGUACCAAACCCAGUGCCAGUUCCUGAGCGAGGGCUACGCGGCGCACUUGGCAGCGCUGGAGGCCGGCCACCGCUCGCGCCCCAAAAAGAACAGCUCGCGCAUGAUCCUACGCAAGGGCAGCUUCGGCCUCCACGCGCAGCCCGAGUUCCUGCGGAAGCGCAACCACCUGCGCCGGACCAUGUCGGUUCAGCAGCCCGACCCGCCCGCCAACCCCAAGCCCGAGCGGGCCCAGAGCCAGCCCGAGUCCGACAAGGACCACGAGCGGCCCCUGCCCGCGCUCAGCUGGGCGCGUGGGCCCCCCAAGUUCGAGUCGGUGCCCUGA